GGUGACAGUGGUGGCGGACUUUCGGCGUUUGUAAACGGCCGAAAUACCCUUUUCGGAAUCCUCUCGCUGGCGAAUCAUUGUGAUCAACAGCCAUAUUUUGAGAUUUUCGUUCGACUGACGGCAUAUCACGACUUCAUUUGCUAUUAUACGGGUGUGUGCCCGAUGGGAUUGCAUCGAUACGUCGAUGAACAUUACGCUGAACAUCCUGAACUCGUUCUGUUUACUGCACUCGACCAAACUUUACUGUCGUUUGCGGGUGGGAGUAUUUUGUCACAAUAUUUAUAUUUCUGA